AUGGGGGACUUGGUAAAGAAGGACUUGGAGGAUCAAACUGUAUUGCCUUUGGAAAAUGAAUGUACCAGGAACAUGGGAGAAUUUGUGGAAGUUUCUCUGAAUGAAAGGGUUAAGUUUAAUGACACAGGCUUAUCCAUGGUCCUACAGAAUGGCUUGGAGAAUCUCCGUCUGGAAAACUCUCUGACAGACGUUACCCUGUGUGUUGGCAGCAUGCAUUUUUCAUGCCACCGUGUGGUCCUUGCAGCAGCAAGCAAUUAUUUUAGGGCAAUGUUUUGCAAUGACUUAAAAGAAAAGUAUGAAGAAAAAAUAGUUAUUAAGGGAGUCGAUGCAGAAACAAUGCAGAUUCUUUUGGACUAUACAUAUACCAGUAAAGUGCUGAUUACCAAGGAAAAUGUGCAGAAAGUCCUUGAAGCUGCCAGCCUUUUUCAGUUUUUGCGCAUGGUAGAAGCUUGUUCCAGUUUCCUUAAAGAAGCUUUACACCCAGAAAACUGUGUUGGGAUUCUCAGGCUGGCUGAUGCUCAUUCCCUUGAUACAUUGAAGCAGCAAGUCGAGAAUUAUAUUGUCCAGAAUUUUACACAAGUGGUGAAUUAUGAUGAGGCCUGUGAGUUGCCUGCGGAGAUUCUACAUAGCAUGCUAAAAAGUGAUGACCUCUGUGUCACUGAAGAAGCUCAAGUAUUUCAGAUAGUUAUGAAGUGGGUGCGUUACAAAACAGCGGACAGGCUCCCACUCCUCCCAUAUAUCCUUGAGAGUGUGCGUUUACCUCUUCUGGAUCCUUGGUAUUUUGUAGACACUGUUGAAGCAGAUCCACUCAUCAGACAAUGUCCUGAUGUCUUUCCUCUGCUUCAGGAAGCCAGACUGUACCAUCUAUCAGGAAACGAGAUGAUUUCAGGAAGAACAAAGCCAAGAAUGCAUGAAUUCCAGUCUGAGGUUUUUAUGAUCAUAGGUGGUUGCACAAAGGAUGAAAAAUUUGUAUCAGAAGUAACUUGCCUCGAUCCUUUGAGACGCAGUCGUUUGGAAGUGGCAAAACUGCCAAACACAGAACAAGAAUUAGAAAGUGAGAAUAAAAAAUGGGUGGAAUUUUCUUGUGUUACACUAGGAAAUGAAAUCUACAUAUCAGGAGGAAAAGAAACACAGCAUGAAGUCUGGAGGUAUAAUUCGUCCAUCAACAAAUGGAUCCAAAUUGAAUAUUUGAAUGUUGGAAGAUGGAGGCACAAAAUGGCUGUUUUGGGUGGCAAAGUGUAUGUGCUUGGUGGUUUUGAUGGUGUACAAAGACUUAACAGUGUGGAGAUUUAUGAUUCCUUUCACAACUGUUGGUCUGAGGCAACUCCUCUCAUGAUCAGCGUGAGCUCAUUUGGAGCAGCCAGUUACAAAAAGAAACUCUAUGUGAUUGGAGGAGGACCCAAUGGAAAGUUGGCUACUGACAACAUACAAUGUUAUGAUCCAACAACAAACAACUGGUGCUUAAAAACACCUAUGCCUGUUGAAGCAAAGUGUAUCAAUGCUACAACUUUUCAUGACCACAUCUAUGUUGUGGGUGGGGCAAUGAAAGCACUCUAUUCUUACAGCCCACUCAAAGAUAUAUGGUGCCUUGUGACUCAGUUAAAUCAUGAAUGUGCUAGUUGUGGGAUUGCUCCUUGCAACAACAAACUGUUCAUUACUGGAGGACGGGAUGAGAAGAAUGAUGUCAUUGCCACAGUGCUGUGUUGGGAUGCUGAGAUCCAGAAAUUGACUGAGGAGUGCAUCCUCCCUCGUGGGGUCUCGCAUCAUGGGAGUGUCACCCUGAGGAAAUCAUAUACAUACAUCCGUAAGGUAGUGCCUGGAGCAAUCUCAGUUUAA